AUGGCCAGCUUAGAUGUGGAAGCCUUGCUCGACGCUACUGCGAAAAGUGCCGAGGAGGCCCAGGCCAGGCCAUCUGCUGAAGAUGCUCCCAGAAAUGAGCGGCCGGACCGCAAAGACUCCGACCCAGACCGAGAGCGAGACCGUGAUCGGGACCGUGACCGAGAUCACGACCGCCGCCGCAGAGACCGCCGCGAUGCUAGCCCAGGCAACAGAAGCAGACGAGAAACGCCAGAUGGGGGUACGCCUCGCAGUGAAGCAGGCAGCCAUCGAAGCCGACGCCGCAGCCGAAGUCGUGAUGAUGACCGACGCGCACGACGCAAUCGAGACGGCGACUACUACCGCAACGGCAGAGGCGGCCGUUCGCGCUCACGCUCCCCGCGCCGUCACCGUCGGGAUGAUCGGGACAAGGAUCGCCGCGAUCGCCGUUAUCGAAACCGCGAUGAUGACCCACGCGACAGGCGAGACGCUACGCCUGCCCUGAACGAGGACGAAAGGGACAGAAGAACAGUGUUUGUACAGCAACUUGCAGCCCGGCUGCGGAGUCGUGAGUUGAAAGCGUUCUUCGAGAAAGUUGGUCCUGUCACGGAAGCACAGAUCGUAAAAGAUCGCAUCAGUGGGCGAUCGAAGGGCGUCGGCUAUGUCGAAUUCAAGAACGAAGAUUCUGUAGCCCUCGCCCUUCAGCUUACUGGACAGAAGCUACUAGGUAUACCUGUCAUUGUCCAAGUAACGGAAGCAGAGAAGAAUCGUCAGGCCCGCAACACAGAAGCUGGCGGCGCCCACCCGAACCAUGUUCCGUUCCAUCGCCUUUAUGUCGGAAACAUUCACUUUAAUGUCACCGAGCAAGAUUUACAGGCCGUUUUCGACCCUUUCGGAGAGCUGGAAUUUGUCCAGCUUCAAAAGGAUGAGACCGGUCGUAGCCGUGGCUAUGGCUUUGUACAGUUCCGUGAUGCAGGCCAGGCUCGUGAGGCCUUGGAAAAGAUGAACGGUUUUGAUUUGGCCGGCCGUCCUAUCCGAGUUGGCCUUGGCAACGAUAAGUUUACCCCUGAGAGCACUGCCAACAUGUUACAGAGAUUUGCGGGCCAGAACGCCGCCAACCACCAGGGCUCGAACUUUUCAGGAGCCGGUGGUCGUGGAGGGCAAAACUCCAACUUUGAUCGCGCCGGCGCGCGCGAUAACGAAAAGACUGGCGGUGCCAGCGCCCUAGAUGACACGGACGUCGGUGGGGUAAAUUUUAAUAACUAUAGUCGCGAUGCGUUGAUGCGCAAGCUUGCUAGAACCGACGAGUCGAACAAGGGCGCGGACGAGAGGCCGGUUCUCAAACCUAGAACUGAGACGAAGCCGCUCCCCAUGAACGUCAACACUGCAAGCCGCUGUGUUGUCCUUCACAACAUGUUUGAUCCCGAUGAGGAGGAAGGCGAUGACUGGGUCAAAGAGCUGGAGGACGACGUGCGCCAGGAAGCCGAGGAAAAGUACGGCCAUGUGGUACACAUUUCCGUGGAUCCCAACUCCAAAGGAGACAUCUACUUGAAAUUCGACAAGGUUCAGGGCGGUGAAAACGCGAUCCGCGGCCUGAACGGCAGAUACUUUGGUGGGCGCAUGAUCGACGCGUCCCCUGUUGUAGACGCAGUCUACAGCAGUUUGUUCUCUCGCACCAGGGCUUUCUGA